AUGGACACCCAUGGCUUUGUUGUUGGUGGUGUUUACUCCUUCCUCUUCCUUGUGUCAUUUCACUUGGCUCUUCAUUCAGCUGAUGACAACUUGGAACAGUCGUGUCUUCCAUUCGACUGUGGGAACAGUGUCUUCUCCAACGCUAUCCACCCGGAUUGCGGACUGAUGAGCACCAUACAUAUAGAAUGUCCAGAUGGCAGACCCACGAUCCUAUUAGGCUUCUGCGAAGGAGCAAGAUCUUACCAAGUUCAAUCCAUUUUUGGUGAUAAUAACACAAUUGUGAUACGUGAUUCCUCACUCCAUCGCAGCUUGGAAUCUGGCUUCUUUGGUAUGGCUCCAUUUCGCAGGGCGAUGGCUGAAAAUUCAAAAGCACUCUGCCUCUGGUCUUAUGGCAGAGUCAAGCCAAAUCCAAAGAGACCCCCCUCUCUCAUCUCAAUCGGUUCAUCCUCGCUUAUUCUUGUUCUUCUUCGUCUUAUCGAUGGAAACAGUUUUUGCGUUGACCCAAAAUUCGGAACUUGCAAGCCUCAAAUCUGCGGGAACCAGAGCAUAAACUAUCCAUUCUGGAUCAAUGACAAAUUUAAGGAGUGCGGCUACCCAGGUUUUGAGCUUUCCUGCCCCAACCUUAAGAAAAUUAUCAGGUUUGACCCAGUGGAAAGAAAAGGUAUAAAUAUUCACAUGAAAAUUAAUGGAGAUAUAGAGGCCUUUUUUAGGAAUUCUGAAUCCCUUGCCCCAAAAAGAUAUAGUUAUUCACAGGUCAAGAAAAUGACCAACUGCUUCAAAGAUAAAUUAGGGCAAGGAGGCUAUGCUUGUGUUUACAGAGGGAAGCUAUUUGAUGGCCAGCUUGUGGCAGUGAAGGUUUUGAGUGAGUCCAAAGGAAAUGGAGAAGAAUUCAUUAAUGAAGUUGCAAGCAUUAGUAGAACCUCCCAUGUUAACAUUGUCACUCUCCUUGGUUUCUGCUUUGAGGGGAACAAACGAGCUCUUAUUUAUGAAUUCAUGACCAAUGGAUCUCUUGAAAAUUUCAUAUAUAAUAGGAAGUUUUCAGAGACAAAUCAUCAACUUGGUUGGGCAAGACUCUAUCAAAUUGCAAUAGGCAUUGCUCGAGGGCUGGAGUACCUACACCGUGGUUGCAAAACUCGCAUUCUACAUUUUGACAUAAAGCCACAUAACAUUCUUCUAGACCACGACUUCUCCCCAAAGAUAGCUGAUUUCGGCCUUGCUAAACUAUGCCCUAAUCAAAAAGAAAGUAUCAUAUCAAUGCAGGGUGCUAGAGGGACUGCUGGUUAUAUUGCACCAGAAAUAUUCUGUAGAAACUUUGGAGGAGUCUCACACAAGGCAGAUGUUUAUAGCUAUGGAAUGAUGGUUCUGGAAAUGGUUGGUGGAAGAAAGAACAUUGAUGUGGGUGCUGAGAAUACCAGUGAAAUAUACUUCCCCCACUGGAUAUAUAAGCGUCUCAGGUUAGAUGAGGAUCUAGGGUUAUGUGGGGACAUAACUGAAGAAGAAGAAGAAAUUGCAAGGAAGAUGAGUAUAGUAGGUUUGUGGUGUAUCCAGACUGAUCCUUCAAGUCGGCCUUCAAUGGGUAAGGUUGUGGAGAUGUUAGAAGGAAGUCUUAAUUCCUUGCAAAUUCCACCCAAGCCUUUUCUGUCUUCUCCUUCAAGAGCAAGAUCAACCUCACCUGGUGGUUCCCCUGAAAGAGAAGAGAGGUGUUCCAUGAGGUAAAUAUCUACUUUUUUUAUCAUCUUGAAAUGUUGAACAAGGUUGGGGCAGGUAUUCCAUCCUAGAGCAAUUCAACUUAACCCGACAGUUUGGAUAUAUUCAACCAAGGUGACAAACGCAAAAUCCUUAAAAUCAGAUGAGUUCCCAUAAAUGUGUUUGUUGGCUGGAUCAAGAAUUGCAAUACUUUGGCUGGGAGGAAUUUCCUUAUUGGUUGAAUAAUCUAUCGACUGGUACUCCAGACUUCAAAGUGAGAACCAACAUUCUGACAUAUUUACCAAAGAAUGUUAAAA